UCAGAUACAUUUUGGCGCUCGCCGCGGUCGGUUGUGUUUUUUGAUUCGUCGCGUUCUGUUUUUCUCUUUUCCGAUCGACUACCCGCUCUUUCACUUUAAACUUUCCUUCGGCGCUCUCUUUUUGAAAUUUAAAAACAUUUAAACAAGUGUUAUCAGCAGCAAUAAACAACAAUCGAAUAGAAAAGCAGCAUGACCGAAGGCAAGAACUUACCCCACUCCAGUGCGGAUGUUCCGUUCCGCAGCAAGGAACUGCGCAAGCAGUCGCUGAUCCAGCACACCGGGCUGGUCGGAGUCAUCGAUGAGGGAACCAAGACUAUCGGCUUCUCCAUCUACACCACGCCUGAUUUCAAGGAGAUCGCAGCAUACCGGGUGGAGUUAAGCGUGAUCACUCCCCAAGAUGGAUGGUACGAGCAGGAUCCACUGGAGAUGAUGGCCUCGAUCAACAAAUGCGCCGAGGAGGCCAUUAAGCAGCUGCCUGAGCAAGGCUUCUCCGCCAGUGACAUCGCCACUGUGGGAAUUACCAACCAGCGUGAGACGACUAUUGUCUGGGAUGCGGUUACCGGCAAGCCUCUGUACAAUGCACUGCUGUGGAAGGACAUCCGCACCAGCACUACAGUAGAGCAGAUUGUAGCCAAAGUGCAGGACCCAAACCACUUCCGCAGCAGCACUGGAUUGCCCAUAUCCACGUACUUCUCGGCACUGAAGAUCCGCUGGCUUAGGGACAAUGUUCCGGAGGUGCGAAGAGCCAUUAGGGAGAGGCGUUGCAAGGCGGGCACCGUCGAUAGUUGGAUUGUGUGGAAUUUGACAAACGGUGCUCUCCACAUCACGGACGUCACGAAUGCAUCACGUACUCUGCUUAUGAAUCUAGAGACCCAGAACUGGGAUCCUGUGCUGCUCAAAACCUUCGGCAUAAAGGAGGACAUGCUGCCAACCAUCCACAGUUGCUCAGAGGUCUUUGGCAAGAUCACCUCGGAGCGAAGCCCACUGCGUGGAAUGACUCUAAGUGGUAUCAUGGGCAACCAGCAGGCCUCGCUUUUGGGUCAGAUGUGCGUAAAGCCAGGGCAGACUAAGAACACUUAUCGCUCCGGCUGCUUCCUUCUCUGCAACACAGGAGACAAGCCAGUCUUCUCAAGGCAUGGACUACUUACCACUGUGGCCUACAAGCUGGGUCCUCAAGCACCGACGAUCUACGCCAUCGAGGGAGCUGUUUCGGUGGCUGGGCACGCGCUCUCCUGGCUACAGACCAAAGUGCGUAUCCUGCCGGAUUCCAGAGAUGCUGAGAAGUAUGCCGAAGCGGUGCCCACUUCGGGGGAUGUAUACUUUGUGCCCGCCUUCACUGGAUUAUAUGCUCCCUACUGGAAGCAAAAUGCUCGUGGUAUUAUCAUUGGACUGACACAGUUCACCCGUAAGAAUCACAUAGUGAGGGCUGCACUGGAGAGCAUCUGCUUCCAGACCCGCGAUAUACUCGAGUGCAUGCAUCAGGAGUGCGGCUACGAGAUCAAUAAACUCCAUGCUGAUGGUAAGCUGACCACGAACAGCCUGCUGAUGCAGCUCCAAGCGGACACCAUUGGACUGCCUGUCUUCCGUUCACAGCUGAUGGACUCGACUGCCUUUGGCGCUGCCAUGUGUGCCGCCCAAGCAGAGGGAGUGAAUCUCUGUCAGUUCGAGCCCGAGAAGCGCUACUACGAGAACGUGCACUAUGACACCUUCCUGGCUACUACCACGGAUGUGGAGCGCAAGGAACGAUACGGCAAAUGGAAACGGGCAGUGGAGCGCAGUUUGGGAUGGGUCAUCAAGCAAAAAAAGACGCGAGAGCAUACGGAGGAGAACUACCGUAUGUUGUCUUCGCUGCCAGCGAGCAUCUUCCUCAUCAGCAGCUUUGCAAUGCUUGUGCAUUCACUCGCCGCAAGUGGUCAGUAAAGUUGGCUUCUGGCCGGAAGGAUGGCUGCCUGACAUACGGAUCGAUUCUCGGUUGUGAUAAUAAUUAUUUGUCCGGAUUUUUUUUGGAUCUUACACACUGUACAUAGUCCCCAAAGGACAAUGGGUGGUUGAACGUGCUUUAAACCUUGUAAAUAUUUGCUUAUAAAGAGCUAGCCAAAACCAAGAAGGUCUCUAGACUAAGCUCCAACUUAUUUUAAGUAUCUUACCGCGUUUUCGUUGCAUAUACUGUACGUCUUAGCCGUAGCUCCAUUGACGAAGGCUGGAUGUCCGCGCUCCACGCACGGCCAUAUCAGCGGAAUUGUAUAUAGCCAAAGUGCAAACGACUUUUCUAAUUUAAGUAGGUUCCGUACUUUAUGUGUAUGUAUGUGUAGUGAUUACGCCCCUUAAACAAUAAACACAAAUAAUACGAUUUGAA